AUGACUGUUGAGGAGUUUGCUGAUGUUGUUCUUGAUACUGACAUUCUUCAUCCAAAUGAAACAGCCAUCCUUUUUAAGUUUUUCCUCCCAGCAUUGCCUUCCCCCCCACUGCCUUUUUCAAAUACUCUGAGACAUGCACCAAGUAGUCCCCUUCGCAACAUUUCUUUUGAGGACCUCUUUGAGGACGAUUUGAUUUGGUGAAUAGGGGUAGAAAUUGGGCUUACCCAGGACACAAAAAUGACCUUUUAGCUCUUUUUGUGAAUCGACAUAUUACUUUACAUGGAGUCUGUUUGUUUGGCAGUGCAAACAACAGCCACACACAGUAACACUGGCGGUGAAGGACACCACUGAAAAACUACCAUGGCUGUCACGGCGAUUUUUCACCCCCAUUUUGCGGGGACAUUAAUUACUCACGCUGAGAGGCAUUUUACCCUCAUUUUCACUAAUUAUUUGGCUAAAACGAAAGACACUUAAAGGGAUAUCGAUAUAUAUAAGUAUGCCUAGUGCAAUGGACAUUUAUAUUGAUCCACUUAUCGACCAGCAUAAAAAUGCUAUAAAAAUGCUCGAAAAAAUGAAAUUAAUGUACACAAAAAAUGAGCCUGGGGCUAAGCCAGCAAAUGAGCCCAAGGCUAAGCCAUGCUAUACCGAAUUUAUGUUUGUAGAUGAUGAAAUAUUUGAUGACGAAUUAUUUGAAGAGCUACUAGACCCAGAUUAUAAAUUAUAUGAUGAGAUCCAAGAUAUGGAAGAAGAUGAUGAAAUAAAUGGGUAUAAUGAUGUGGACGAAAUUGAUGAUAAACAUUUUGAGCCUGAGGCUGAGCCAGAAAAUAAUGAAUCAAAUGAACCUGAGGCUGAGCCAGAACAUGAUUAUCCAAAAUAUCGAAUAUAUGAGCACCCUAAAUUUGCUGAAUAUUAUGACGAAGCAUUUAACCACGACCGUAUAUUAAAAGAUGUCAAUUGCGGAAUUUAUUUAGUAAUACCAGUAAUAAGUUACAAAAAUUCAACAAAAAUGACACUCAUGAUUGAAGACAAGGAAUAUGAUUAUCAUAAAUUUUUUAAAGAGUGCCAUGGCAUAAAGCCAUUAACAAAAGAACAACAUGAAUAUUUUGAUAGAAAACGCGAGGCACGUAGAUUAGAAGAACAAAUGAAACGAAAAAAAAAGACGAAAUAAAAAGUAAAAAAAAAGUAGUUAGUAAAUGAGCUCAAUAUAGAUAGGUAGUUAGUAUAGUAAUCCGGAUUUUAGUUUGUUUUUUAUUUAGUUAGUUGGUUGGCCAAUUUAGCUAAUAAUUCAGGGGGUAAUUUUAUGCUAGCAGGGGGUAUAUUAUCUUGUUUAGGCUUAGCCUGUCUUUUGGUACCAGUUUUAUUCAAUAAAUGGGGAAACAAAAACCGGUAAAUAAUUAUAAGAACUAUGACUUGGUUACGUCUCAUGCGCGUAACAGCAAAGGUCAGGUGUUUCAUUUUUAUUACCUCCUUUUUUAGUUCUUGUCAUGUAAACGUAUUUAAAUUUUUACGUAAUUUUACAAUGUCGAGAUCCAUAAAUAUAUAAAUACGGUAGAUAAAAUAAUUAAACAUUGUAUUAGGUUCCGGUUACCCAGAUCCUAAUACAAGUACCAAAAUAUGAUACAUGUAAUGCAUGGCAUACAUGGAUAUAUAUAAAUAGGCUUUCCAAUUCGGUGGAUAACUUUAUAAUGUGUUUUUCGUGUUUCCUUAGUAAGGAACAGUUUUCCACAGUAUUUACAUGGUACUCUCAUGCCCCGCAUACAUUCAUGUAUAACUUUGGAUAUUUUGUCAUAAUUAUUUGACAGGAUAAAUGUAUAGCCAUUAUCAACAUACCGUUUUUUCAUCUCUUAUUGUGCAUCUUAAACUCGGUAUAUAUUGGUGGAAGAUUUGAAUUCAAUGCUAAGGCCUUCAAAAUCUUUGUGAUAAUUGAGUACCAUCAGAUCAGGCUGUCCUCUCACAUAUCCCUUUUUAUAUGAGUCGAGUCUCUUAUCCUCAGUAUCCUGAUUCUCCCCGAGACCGGCUACUAAGAUUGAAUCUGGGUAAAAUUUUCUUAUGAAAUCCACAACUUUGUAGUGUAAAUCAGUCUCAUUGCCAAUCAUAAUCAUGUGGUUAUUUGGAUGGUCAAACAUUUUGUACUGGCCAUAUUUUCUUAUGGAUGGGAGUACAUGAGAGAAUACCCAAUCGCAGAAUUUUUUUGCAGCUGGUAAUUUUGAUUCGAAAAAGUAAGUUCAUAAAAACCAGCUUCAUCAAUAAAAUAGGUCUGCGACCAACCAGGUGAAAAGCCCGGUUGCCUUGAGAGCUGUUUUAUCUUGUGUUCUUCUGAAACAUGCUUUCUAAUGACGUGUGUCAGCAUAUCCGAGGAUUUUGGCAACAUCUUUACCCUUGAACCAGAUAUUUUGUUUAUUAUCUAUGAAUGAAGUCAGUUCUAUAUUCAACUCAUCAUUGAAGAAUGUCUUUUCCAACAUAUAUACCAUUAUAUAUAGCACAUAUUAAUAUCUCUUUAAGCCAUUUACUCUUUCUCCUCCCCUUCCGUUUCAAAGAUCACUCUUAGGAUGCCUUUUAAAGUCGUCACUAUAACCCAACCAUUUCACAAGAACUUGUUUCUUCUUAUAAUCCUUCCGAAUGACUUUUUCAAUGCGGAAUACAUCUGUUUCGCAUUUAGUAAUUCCGGUUCAUAGAAGCUGCCUUGUAUUUCCUCGUUGUUGAGAUCCUUUAACCUGUAGGUAAUUGGAUUUGUGGAUUGGAUUUUGUCGACCAGGAAUAGCUCUUCAGUCCAAUUAGGUGUGUAGCCUUUAUCAAAUAUUUUUCUCUUACAUUUACUUAUCCUGACUUUAUCACCAACCUUGAAUUUGGGUUUAGAUGCCAAUUGCUCCAUAUAGGUUAAAAUACACGGCACUUUCAUUCUUCUUUUUACUGACUUCUACAGGUGUCAUUUUAAUGGAACUGUCCUUAGUGUUGUUACACUGGCUCAGUAUUUUUGAUAGUAUGUCAAGAUACUGAGUAUUACCCUGGACAGUAAACUGCUUCCACAUUUUGGUUUUAAUUGUGCGGUUCCAUCUUUCACAAACACUAGAUUUUUCUUCAUUUUCGGUUGCGUAUAGUGCUAUGCCAUUCUUUUCCAACAGUUCCUUCAUAUUUUUGUUAUAAUAUUCUUUCCCUUUAUCAGUCCAAAGAUAUUGUGGCUUACGCCCCUCUUGAAGAUGGUUUUGAAUGCCUCUGUGACAGUUUCUCCUUUUUUAUCCAUCAAUGGAACAAUCCAGCCAUAUUUGGAGAACAGAUCUAACACCAUGAGAAGAUAUCUAUAACCUUUGUUAAACUUGCUGAACCGUUGCAUUUCAACCAGAUCUGAGCACCAAAUUUUGUCGAUACCGUUUAAAAUAACUUUUACCGCCGCCAACAAAUUUUGCUUUUAGGGGCAUAUUAUUCAACUGCAGAGAUAGAAUUUUUAGGAAUUUUUCAAUACUUUUUUUUAAUCCAAAGCUAUACGUAAGUUUAGUUUUGACCAAAUGUUUGGAACGUCUUAGAUUAAUUUCGCUAAUUCGCAAUAAGUUAACAUUCCCAAUUAGGUAAUUAGUUCUAAGCCUCCUUCUGACAUUGACCAUUUUCAAUUAUUACUAUUAUUAUUAAUGAUGUAGUCACCCAACUAGUUUUUAUGUGAACCUCUAUUCACGUGCCGGUGUCCAAUUACUGUAAGUAUUUUUAAAAUAAUUAUACUUCUUGGAUCUUCCUUUAGUUGUCUACAGUAGAAAAAUAAAGUUGUUGUGGUUGUCGUCGUUGCUUGCUGGUCAUGACCGGAGAGGAGUUUGCUGUUAACGUCCUUGAUACAAAAAGGUCACAAACAUUCUAACUUCUGGCCCCAGUUGUUCAAACGUUGGACAGCGCUAUCUACUGGAUAAAAAUCUAUCCAGUGGAUAAUGCAGUCGGUUUCCCUAAUACAUAUCCGCUGGAUAGUGAUUUGUCCGGUGGAUAGCGCUAUCCAACGUUUGAACAACCGGGGCCAGAUGAGAGAGGUAUAAACCUGCUCCAGCCCUGUCACGCUUUCUAAGACUCCGCGGGCCGGAAAUUGAGCCAUGCUGCAGCCGUGCAUGUUCUCCGACAUAGUGGUGGAAUUACCACAGAGAGCGCAGUAACUUGCGUGCUCUGUUUCAUUGUAGACAAAAACAUUGCGGUUAAUGCACAUGGGAUAUUGAAGGAGGUAGACACUAAAAGUGUGGCAAAAUCGGGGCAAGCAGGAGAGCAUAGAGGAGGAGAAACUGUUUAGUGGCGCUGGCAUGGCGAUGACCUUUUUUUUACUUCUUUGCAAGGCGGGGUAGGUUUGCAUGGUCAUCCACCAUGACGCUAGUGUUGCCCAUUUUUUCGGAGCGUUUUUUGAGGGCUUUACAAGUCGCCGAGAAGUCAGGCCGUGAACCGCUGCAGCCACUGCUUCUAAACUUUCUUAUGUUUUCUUUAUGGUUUAAGGAGCGACAAAGGCAAUACAAACACCUCCGUUCUCAACGCCAAUUUUGUUAAAACAAUGCGUCUUUUAGUUGCUGUGAGGUUAACUUGUCCAUUGAUUUCUUGAAACAGGGCUCCAGUACAAUGGAAACUUAUAAAGAAAUUCAAACGAGUAUUUUUUUGUAUUAUAGUCUCCAAAAAAUUUUUAGUUCGACGUCCGAAAUGGCGACAAUUGAGAAUGAAGAACGAUGGCUUCGUAAUGGCAACCACUGUUGUAGUCCUAGUGAUGUGUCUAGGCUGCUUUUGAAGGUUUCGUGACCUCUUGAGAGACAUCGCGUGAUAUCGCGUGACGUAUUGAUAUCAAGUGAUAAUUGCUCGUGUGCGGAUAUCAUUUGUUGCUGAACUCAAAGCGGCUGCUUAGGUGUGAAAGUUACUAAAAAGGGGGGAUAUUUUGACUUCUUACCACAGUUUGACUAAAAGAAUAUGGCAAUGUCUACGGAAACAAACUGGCAAACGACAAGACCCACUAUCAGAGAAAGGGCCAAGUUUAUGUUCAACACCGAUCGAUUGAGCGAUGUCAAGUUUGUUGCCACGGAGAACAACGGCGAAAGCGAAAGUAAGCAAGUGAUUCCAGCUCACAAAUUCAUACUGGCGAUUGGCAGUCCUGUGUUUGAAGCCAUGUUUUACGGUGACCUGGCAGAGACUGAAGACACUAUUGAACUGCCUGACUGUGAUUACGAGAGUCUGUUGGAGUUGUUUCGUUACAUGUACAGCGAUGAAGUGAAUUUAAGCGGAAGUAAUGUGAUGGGAGUCUUAUACUUGGCUAAGAAAUACAUAGUGCCUUCACUGGCUGAUAAAUGCAUGGAAUAUCUACAAGAAAACUUAGAUCCUUCGAAUGUUUUCACAAUCCUGCCAUUCGCAGAGAAAUAUGAAGACAAAAACUUGGUGGAUCGAUGCUGGAUAGUGAUCGACGACGGGACAGAUGAAGCGGUGACGUCAGACGGAUUUGAGAAAAUUGAGAAGUCCUUACUUGAAUCAAUAGUCAAAAGAGACACUCUGUCGGUUAAGGAGGUAACUUUGUUUCAAGCUGCAGAUCGAUGGGCAACAAAACAGUGCGAAAAGCAAGGAUUGGAAGCAGAUGGACAACUGAAAAGGCGAAUUCUUGGUGAAGAAAUAAUAAAAUCAAUACGCUUUCCAAUAAUGAGUGCUAAGGAGUUUGCAGAUGUCGUCCUAGAUACUAACAUUCUUCAUUCAAAUGAAAUAGCCCUGCUAUUUAAGUUUUUUAACUCAUCAUUGUCUUCUCCUUUAAUGUUUUCAAAGACUCCGAGACAAAGCCGUGCUAAUCGUUUUAAUCGCCGAUGUGGAAGUUUUGAAGAGUCGCAGGACUGGCACUCAUUCGGUGGCUAUCCCCUGUACACGGAAACAGAUAACUUUAGAAUCUGCGGCAAUUGUGGAAGUGAAGUCCGUCAAAUUGAAACCUGGUGUCCAUGUUGUGGUUGUCGUAUACGUAAAAGCUGGUAAUAUAAAAAUAUCAUAUUUGCGUUGCUUUUGGAUAUGACAGCCGCGAGUUGAUCAAAAGCUACUUUCGCACGUUGUCUGGGACAGGAAAGAAAGUGUAUGCCUAAAAGAACUCAUAUAUGGGGCGCACAGCUUUCUUUCCUAUUCUUCAGAUCAACUUUUACCACUACUUUUCAUCUACUCCCGAUCCACAAUCCCCCGGGGUCGACGGAAGCGAAACGAACAAGUUUAAAUUUCGUACAUGAAGUACUUCGUCCAAUUCCAAAGAAAACCGCGGAUCAAAUCGUAUGGUUCGUUGUGCCAUCAGUUAAUCACAGGUAACCAAGGUUCACUUUUUGUGUCUUGUACGGGUUGCCUCGUAUAAGAACCCAGAUUUUUCCAACGUAGGCUAAACAAGUUCUUAUAGAAAUGGUAUUUAGUGGGAUUUUAGGCAACUUAGGACCUUAAAUAGAGUCUUAAUUAGGGGCACCAGUGAUCGGCACAGAUAACUACUACGGGGCAUAUGUGAUAUGGAAUGUAUUGCUGUAUUAAAUAAGAAAAUAUACGAAAUAGCUUUUUGGUGAGUAUUUCUCAGUAUGUAAAUAAUAAUUAUUUAGAAUACAGUUUAGAUGAUAACCAUACAGUACAUUUAUCUUUCCAAAGUACUAGCAUGGAUGUCUUUCAUAUGCUGCAGUGUUACAUUUGAAAUCUUACUGAAUGAAACCUAGACUAAAUUUUUUUUUCUGUAGUUUCAUCUGUGCCUUCAUUUUUGUAAAAUUUUAGGCUAAAUAGGUUUUUAUAAAAAGGGGCUUUAAAAUGAAAAUUUUAGACUAACAGGUUCUUAAAUUUUAGGUUUUAUACGUGGGUUUUCACUGUAUAAUAUGAGUAAAUAAAAAGAACUGGGGCGAAGUUUAGGUCUAGAAUUUGGCAGUAAAAAUCGAUGAAACUUACGAUGUAACGAGCUGUUGUUGUCCUUAAAUGAACACGAAGUUUCGGGAAAAAUAGUCUUCUUCAUCUUUCCAACUUAGUAAAGUGGCCAUUUGACGUCAAUCGCCCACAGUGAUACAAGAACAGGACACGGUUCCUGCAAGGCCGAUUAGCGCUAAUCCAGGAUUAAAAAUUUCGUUCCAUUUUUUUAUUAUUUACCUUCCCAUGCAUUGCUUAGAGUAACAUUCUGUGUUAUCAUCACUGCAUCUCGAAUUAAAGACACAACAGUAUUUUGUUAGCUCGAGUGACAUGUUCUUAGACUAAGAAAACCGGGUUCAAAAUUUGGCUUAACCAUCUUUCGAGGAACCGGGCCCAAAACGUCGGCACCGGCCACUAAAAAAGCACCUGCAAUACCUUUCCUUCUUUCUCCCUAGCACCUACCCUAAGGGUUACUAAUUUUACUCUCCCUAAUCUUCCUCCGUCAUAAAAUCAAAGAUGGCGGUUACAACAAUACGAACAUAAACAAGACGCUUUCGCCCGCCCAAAAUACGCCUGAACUGCAGGCCAGAUUUGCCGCAGUAGUUAGGUCAGACAACAACGUAAACAGUAGAAAAGUCACUAUAAGUCAAGUUUUUAUUUCCCCAAUUUGUUUUCUUGUUAGUUUAUCGAGUUGUAAUGUUUUUUUGCAACUUUCUGUUGGUCAGUCUGCGGACGAUUUAGUGACUUUUAUUACUGUUUCAGAUCUUACUUCCGAGGAGUCGUCAACCACUUUAACUUCGUCAGAACUUGUAAUGCAGUUUUAAAAAGUUUAUGUGCACGUACUUAAUGUGUUGACGAUUGGGAUUGCUCAUUAAUCAUUAAGACAUAAGGGAGUUAUAGCAACGACAACGGCGACAAAAAAAGCAACAAUCACCCUUUUUUGUACAUUUCUUUACCGUCACUGCACGACAACGAGUGAAAUUGUCUAAUUUCACGUCUCAUGGAGGACGUAAACAAGAUGUCGAAGAGAUGUUCUUUAUCUUCCUAAACUUGAAAGCAGUCCCCAAGAAAUCAUCUCCAGGGAAAUUUGCUACAUUAGACGAUUAUUCAUUCAGUUAAAAGUGACGUUUUCGCUGCCUUCGUCGAAGCUAAAACUCCCUACAGCCUGCUUGAAAGGAGCCGUCAUCCAAGGAACGCCAUAACUAAUUUGCUUCAUUUAUAAUGUAUUACUAUGAUACAUACAUGUAUACACUUCAAUGAUUACGUUGCUUAAACAUUGCUAGCUAAGUCAUUUUUAGGCCCAAUUGCCAGUCGCUGCAUGUUGUUAUCCCCCUCAUCUCGAGGAGAACAAGACCAGACAGUAGAGCGGCGAAAAUCCAGCCUUAUUCACUCUUUGCCUGAUAAAAAUUGAGUUUUGGUUCAACAGGUACCACCAUUUACGAUAAAGCUAUUGUGCAAACGUUGGUUCCCGCCUUUUUCAGCUAGCCUGUUCCAGGCGUUCAGAUCACGUGGGGACAGUGCCAAAAGAUGUGAGGAGAAAAAAAAACAUCGAGGAGGUGGGGCCCCUGUUUUCCUCCUUGUUUUUUUCUCGCUCUUUUCCUUCGCGCCACACUCCACUAUCCGAACGCUUGGAACAAGCUAUUUCUCAACGAAGUCGCACAGAAACGCUUGCUAUACAGGCUAUAAGAAAAGGAGGUUUUGGGGAAGAGGUAAUGGUUAUAAGAUGUUCCAUCUUAAAACUGGGUCCCAUUUUACAAUUAUGUAUUGCGAAAACAAUCGUGAAAAUAGCCAAUCUAAACUUGUUAUAUAGGAAAAUAACCAUCAUAUUAACUUGUCACAAUUGCAAGUUAGCAAGACAGUCUAAAAAACUACAAGAAAAAAACUAAAGUACAUUUCGUGUUAUUGAUACACUCUAUAAAAAUUAUUUUCUUUUGCUGUAAUCAAUGUUUCAUAGCUUGUCUAUCGAUGCUGAACUGUUGUGUUUUAACUCAAGUUAAGACUGGACUUUUAGACAGGAGUCCAGCUGCGCCUCAAUGGAAAAAGUACUGUUUUCACGUCGCUGGGACAAAAAAUUAAAAAUGAGACAACCACUUCCCUAUUUUUUGCGAAAUUAACAAGGUUGCUCUCCAUUUCUUUUUCCUUUUCUUCUUUCUUCUUCCUCCCCCUUCUUUCUUUUUCGAAAGAGAGGAGCAUCACACUUUCCCAGACUUUGAACGUCCGUAUCAUAGGGGUCACUUAAGCAGCUGACCAGAUAUAAUGUGGCAAAAUUCAAUCCGAUUUAAUUCACCACCAAGCUAAAGAGUUCACAAUGUGUCUUGGACGUCGUUGAAUCUCCUCCAGUUCAUUCAUGUGUUUUAAUCGUCUCUUGAUGUUUUUCUCUUUUCCACUAGUGCCCUCCUUCAGUACAAGGAAAUAGUGGCACAAUUUCUUUUCCUGGAUACCAAAUCUUCUUCUCCCGUGCAUGCGGAUUUUCUUUAUGUAUCUUCCUUUGCCGACAAAUGAUUCCGCUACAAGAAAUAAAUGCAAAACAGCUGGGAAAUGAGAUUACAUCUGUAUCGUACAAUACGCUGACUUUUGCAUUAGAGCCUUAAAAAAAUUAGUGUUUCCUGUCUGGUUCACAGGCCAUUUCUCCAUUGAAUGGAGCUGAAACAAGACAGGAAACACACUAAAUCAGAAAACGUGCUAUGCUCGUACACAGGGAGCACACAAUUCUGGAGAGAUUAUCAUCUAGGUUGGGAACCACAAUUGCCCGAAAGCUGACAUCUUCGGUAAACAAAGCUUAGCAAUCACAGCCCUGGUUGUUCAAAGUUUUGAUAGCGCUAUCACCCAGAUAAAAAUAUAUUCAGUGGAUAACGCAAUUGGAUUCCCUAAUAAUUAUCCGCUGGAUCUAGUUAUUUAUCCAGCAGAUAGCGCUAUCCAACGAUUGAACAACUGGACCCAGCCUUUAACCUGCAGCAACAGCAAGGUCAAUCAUUUUCAAGGGUUCUUACUGGACCCGAUACUGGACUGAGAAACUGAACUCAUCUGGACCCUGUUCACAACUGGGCUGUUCCAUGACUUCACACUUAUGCUUCUGCCAUACUCAGUUUUAAAAUGCCUGAACACGUAAAUAGCCUUUGCCCAGAAAGAAUCCUGAUGUUAACAACCUUCCCUUUUUGGCAAUACACAGGAUAAUACAUAUAAUCCAUGACCGAGUCCUUUGUGAGAGAUUUAAGGCUUAUUUUUUAUCUUUUAUUUUUAUUGUUACAACUGACGAAGUACAUAAUAAAAUACAUUUUUCUUGUGAAAUUGUUAUAGUUGAAGGAAAUGUAGGUCCAUUUACAACCACCCUGGCUACACACAGAUAUGGACAGCUGAAAUAUCAAAAAUUAAUCUGGCAUUCGUGCAUAAUGGUAAUUAGUAAAAUCCAACUAGUGGUCUAUUAUCAACGCUGCAUUCUGAUUGGUUGAGCUACUACUAGGCUAUAUGUUAUAACCCACUAGUAGCGAAAGCAAGAGCUUUUUGGCAGCAAAAAAGGAUUAAAGUCUGGCUUUAACUAGCUAAAGAUUUUUUAUUCUCGAUAUUUUUGACCAAGUAGUUGGAUUUUAUUAAAACAAUUAUUCCUCUCACCCUCAUGGCCUCUGAGUCAAUAGCCCAUUCAGCUUUCGGCCUCAUGAGCUAUUGUCUCCGAGUCCAUUCGGGCUUGAGAAAUAAUUGUUAAAUAGCAAGGUGGCGGCUGACCUAUGCCAUUGCUGUAAUAGUUUUCUAGAGGCAACGUAUUGCAAAAGCUAAAGAUUAAAGCGCCAAAGACUAGUUAAGUCAUCUUGUUUCAUACUCACUCUGAAGCUACUACAGGUUAUCAUACUUACCAAUCCACAAAUGUUUCUUGUCUUGACUGUCUUCUAUUCCAUGUUUCUCCUGAGCUAUAGCCUGGGCAUCUUCAAUUGCCUAAAUCAGAGAAGAAUUAUAUAGCAACGACUACAAAUUCUCUACAACAUUAAUGUAAAAAUAGAUGUGGAACUUUGAAUUCAGAAGGGAAAUUUUGCCUUAAUAUUUAUUGUAUUAGGGAUAUUAUUGAUGGACAUGGCUGCCAAACUUACCUUUUUGAUAAACAUUGCUGGUCGUUCCUGAAAAAUGAUACCCUAUUCUAGACCCAAACGCUCUGAUUUAUAUACCCUAUCCUAGAGUCGGGCCUAGAGUACCCUGGGUUCCAGAGGCUUUUCAUGUGCGGUUUCCGGUUUCGGUCAAGUCUUAAAAAGUGACCGGCACGAAAAGCUUGUAUCAUUCUUUAGUACUAACCGCCGAGGUCAAAUAUUCAUCUCGCGAUGAUAGCGCUUAAAACAGCACGGAACGGCGAAAAAAACAUGACACAUGACUCAGUUAACAUUUCUUCAAACUUUUAUUGAAGAAUUUGCUUUAACUGCUGCAUUUUGGAACAAAUUAUAGCCACCGCAUUGUUCAUAUGUAUUUGUUCUAUAAAGAACAAAAGAUUGUUGCUCAGAUUUCAAUCAACAACGGCCCCCACUAACAGAGGGCGGUUUGCCUGUGGUGUGUCCAGGCUGCCUUGGAACUUGACCUCUUGAGAGACACCGCGUGAUAUUGUGUAACAGUUCGCGUGACGUAUUUAAUAUGUUCCGGAUGUGGGGGUAUCCAUUUGUGGACUCGUGCUACGGUAUAAACGUUACUAUAAAGGCGAGAUCUAUUUUGACUUCUUACCACGGUUUGACUAAACAAAUAUGUCUACCGAAACAAACUGGCAAACAGCAAGACCCACUAUCAGAGAAAGAGCCAAGUUUAUGCUCAACAAUGAUCGCUUGAGCGAUGUCAAGUUUGUUGCUGCAAACAGCAAUGUAGAAAGCGGAAGUAAGCAAGUUAUUCUGGCUCACAAAUUCAUACUGGCGAUUGGCAGUCCUGUGUUUGAAGCCAUGUUUUACGGUGAACUGGCGGAGACUAAAGAAACUAUUGAACUGCCUGACUGUGAUUACGAGAGUCUGUUGGAGUUGUUUCGUUAUCUGUACAGUGAUGAAGUGAAUUUAAGCGGAAGCAACGUGAUGGGGGUGUUAUACUUGGCCAAGAAAUACAUUGUGCCUUCACUCACUGAUAAAUGCACGGAAUACCUGAAAGAAAAGUUAGAUCCUUCCAACGUUUUCAGCAUCCUGCCAUCUUCACAGAAAUAUGAAGAGAAAGCCCUGGAAGAUCGGUGCUGGAAAGUGAUUGAGAAUCAGACAGAAGCGGCUGUGAAAUCGAAAGGAUUUGAGACAAUUGAGAGGUCUUUACUUGAAGCAAUAGUCACAAGAGACACUCUGACGAUUAAGGAGAUAGCUUUGUUUAAAGCUGUAGAUGGCUGGGCAACAAAACAAUGCGAGAAGCAAAGUUUAGCAGUAGGAGGUAAAUUAAAAAGAAGAAUUCUGGGCGAAGAAGUAAUAAAAGCAAUACGCUUUCCAGUGAUGACUGCAGAGGAGUUGGCUGAUGUUGUUCUUGAUACCAAUAUUCUUCAUACCAAUGAAAUAACCUCCCUUUUUAAGUUUUUCAACUCAGCAUCGCCUUCUCCUGUGGCGUUUUCAGCUACUCUGAGACGUGUACAAGGUACUGCCCUUUGCGAGAUUCACCGAUGUGGAAGAUUUCGAUCGGUGAAAGAGAAAGACCUUUUAGCGUUAUAUAUGGUUGUGGAUCGAGACAUCACUUUACAUGGAGUCUGUUUGUUUGGCAGUAAAAACAACAGCUACACAGUGACAUUGGAGGUGAAGGACACCACUAAAGGACCUAAAGACAGAACUGUAGUGUCUAAAUCAGGAAAGUAUCUAUCAAAACUUUUGGGGAGCUAUUAUGGAUAUGAAGUCUUGUUCGACUCUGCCGCUUCUUUGAAAAUGAAUACCCGUUAUCGAAUUGAAGCGUUUAUACGUGGCCCAGCAUCUGAAAAAGGACAUACUGGCAUUCAAACUGUGACAAAGUGUGGCGUUACAUUCACAUUUGCUACGGGGUUUGGGUCAUUCAUUUUCGGUACAACAGUUGCUGCAGAUCAAUUUCCCGAAUUUCUGUUUUCUUGUUAGGUUAUAGAGUUACAAUGAAACCUGUAUUAGCGGACACCGUAUUAAGCGGACACCCUCUGUUAAGCGGACAGUAGCCGAAGUCCCAAAAUUUAUUUCCCUUAUUUACUUUAAAUGAAACCUUUAUUAAGCGGACACCUCUAUUAAGCGGACGCGGACACCCUGUAUUAAGCGGACACUACAGCAUUCCCCGGGGAUGUCCGCUCAAUACAGGUUUCACUGUAUAAUAUUUUCCCGCAAGUUCAGUCUGUUGGUCAGUCUGCGUACGCGGAUUUAGAGACUUUUCACUAUUGUUUCAGAUCUUACUUCCGAGGAGUCAUCAACCACUUUUACUUAGUCAGAACUUGUAGUGCAGUAUUAAAAUAUUUAAAUCUAGGUACCUCAUAUGCUUCAAAGAGCCGUCAUCCAAGGAACACCAUAGCUAAUUUAAUGUAUUACUAUAAUAUUAUAAUAAUAAUGUAUUACUAUGAUUUAUUAUUCCUUCAAAAUAUUUUCCCAAUUCUGAUUGGCUAAAAGCACACGCAUAAUUCACCAUAAUCAGUUACUGAUGACCAAAUUUGGAAGAAUUUUGUGUUUAACGAGGAAAUGACGUCAAGAAUGCAGAUUGUAGGUUAAGGCACCGUUAACCGAGAAGACCUGGGGACGAGAUUGAGUUGUGCAAGAGUAAGAACUACAGCUGCAACUAGGCGAAAUAAUGGCUAAAAACAUAGCAAAAACAGCAAGAAGACAACUCGGAGGGCGACAUCUGCUAUUUGGAGAAUAUUUACAGAGCUGGAUAAACCUAAACGUAAACUAUCGAAGAUAAACUUAACAUCGAUGGAGGUAAGCUUGUUUUAGCCAUGUUUUCAAACUAGCAAUUAUUUUGAAUGAAUAAUAAAACAAUUAUUGAAUUCGGCUUUCGUAUCUUACGAAGAAUUAUGGAGAUCUCGGAGGGUGUUAUCCGCCUCGGCCUACGGACUCGACGGAUAACACCCUCCUCGAUCUCCAUAAUUCUUCAUAAGAUACUCAGUCUCAUUCAUUAAUUGUUAAAUUUGUGCACCUUAUUGAUUACGUUGCUAAACAUUGCUAGACUACGAGUAGUCCCCCAUUUUUCGUCAGGGACAGUAGAGCGAGCGAAACGCGAGCGGGCGUGAAAAUCACCCCACGCGUGUCGCCUUUUCUCGCGUGGGGUGAUUUUCACGAGCGCUCGCGUUUCGCUCGCUCUACUAUCCCUGAGGAAAAAAGGGGGACUACUCGUAGUCUAAACAUUGCUAGCUAAUUCAUUCUUAGGCCCAAUUGCCAGCCGCUCAGUUGUUAUCCCCACUUCUCGGGGAGAACAAGACCAGACCCCAGAGCGGCAGAAAUCCAGCGUAAUUCACUCUUUACCUGAGUUUCGUUUCUGUAGUACGCACAAGGAGAAAGAGUGUCCCGCGGGACCUUGCAGUUGGUGACGACACCUUGUUACUGCUCAAAAAGGAAAAAAUUGAGUUAUGGUUCAAAAGGUAGCGCCGGUUACGGUAAAGUUAUCGCGCAAACGUUGGUUCCCGCGUUUCUCAACGAGAAGUCAUACCUGGUAACGCUUGCUGUACAGGCUAUGAAAAAGGAAGUUUCGGGGUAAGAGGUAAUGGUUAUAAGAUGUUUUUUCUUUCUCUUUCAAUUCCAUCUGAAAAUUGGGUCCCAUUUUAUUGCGAAAACAACCGUGACAAUAACCAAAUGAUCUAAACUCGUUAUAGGGGAAAAUAACCAUCACAAAUUGUCACGAUUGCAAGUACAUGAAGGAAAUCAAUGCAUUCUUUGUCCCCAGCAAGAAAGUCUGCAAAACUACAAGAAAAAGCUAAAGUACAUUUCGUGUUACUGAUACCCUCUUUUCUUUUUCUGUAACCAAUGUUUCAUGGCUUGCUUUUCGAUCCUAAACUAUACCCUGCUGUUUUCGUGUUUUAACUCAAGUUACGACUGCAGUGGAAUUUUAGCGUGGAGUCGAGCUGUGCCUCAACGAAAAAAAGUACUGUUUUCACAUCCUUGGGGUAACAAAUUAAAAAUGAGACGGCCUGCACUUCCUUGUUUUUUGUUGGGAAAAUAAACAUGAUGGUUCUCCGUUUCGUUUUCUUUUUCUUCUUUCUUUUUCCAAGCAGAAGAACAUCACACUUUCCCAUACUCUGCACGCUCGUAUUAAUGGGACAACUUGCGCAGAUGACCAGAUAUCAUAAUGCGGGAAAACUCAAUCCAAUUUAUUUCACCACCAAGCUAAUGAGUUCACAAUGUGUCUUGGAUGUCGUUGAAUCUCCUCCAGUUCAUUCAUGUGCUUUAAUCUUCUUUUAACGUUUUUCUCUUUUCCAGUACCCUCCUUCAGUACAAGGAAAUAGUGGCAGAAUUUCUUUUCCUGGAUACCAAAUCUUCCUCUCCCGUGCAUGCGGAUCUUUUUAUGUAUCUUCCUUUGCCGACAAAUGAUUCCGCUACAAGAAAUAAAUGCAAAACAGCUGGGAAAUGAGAUUACAUUUGUAUCGUACAAUGCGCUGACUUUUGCAUUAGAGCCUUAAAAAAAUUAUUGUUUCCGGUCUGGUUCACAGGCCAUUUCUCCAUUGAAUGGUGCUGAAACAAGACAGGAAACACACUAAAUCAGAAAACGUGCUAUGGCUGGUACACAGGGAGCACACAAUUCUGGAGAGAUUAUCAUCUGGGUCGGGAACAACUAUUGCCCAAAGGCUGACAUCUUCGGAAGGCAAAGCUUAGCGAUCACAGCCCUGGUUGUUCAAAGUUUUGAUAGCGCUAUCACCCAGAUAAAAAUAUAUUCAGUGGAUAACGCAACUGGAUUCCGUAAUAAUUAUCCGCUGGAUCUAGUUAUUUAUCCAGCAGAUAGUGCUAUCCAACGAUUGAACAACUGGACCCAGCCCUUUAACCUGCAGCAACAGCAAGAUCAAUCAUUUUCAAGGGUUCUUACUGGACCCGAUACUGGACUGAGAAACUGAACUCAUCUGGACCCUGUUCACAACUGGGCUGUUCCAUGACUUCACACUUAUGCUUCUGCCAUACUCAGUUUUAAAAUGCCUGAACACGUAAAUAGCCUUUGCCCAGAAAGAAUCCUGAUGUUAACAGCCUUCCCUUUUUGGUAAUACACAGGCUAAUACAUAUAAUCCAUGACCGAGUCCUUUGUGAGAGAUUUAAGGCUUAUUUUUUAUUGUCACAACUGACGAAGUACAUGAUAAAAUAAAUUUUUCUUGUGAAAUUGUUAUAGUUGAAGGAAAUGUGGGUCCAUUUACAACCACCCUGGCUACACACAGAUAUGGACAGCUGAAAUAUCAAAAAUUAAUCUGGCAUUCGUGCAUAAUAGUAAUUAGUAAAAUCCAACUAGUGGUCUAUUAUCAACGCUGCAUUCUGAUUGGUUGAGCUACUACUAGGCUAUAUGUUAUAACUCACUAGUACCGAAAGCACGAGCUUUUUGGCAGCAAAAAAGGAUUAAAGUCUGGCUUUAACUAGCUAAAGAUUUUUUAUUCUCGAUAUUUUUGACCAAGUAGUUGGAUUUUAUUGAAACAAUUAUUCCUCUCACCCUCAUGGCCUCUGAGUCAAUAGCCCAUUCAGCUUUCGGCCUCAUGGGCUAUUGUCUCUGAGUCCAUUCGGGAUUGAGAAAUAAUUGUUAAAUAGCAAGCUGGCGGCUGACCUAUGCCAUUGCUGUAAUAGUUUUCUAGAGACAACGUAUUGCAAAAGUUAAAGAUUAAAGCGCUAAAGACUAGUUAGGUCAUCUUGUUUCAUACUCACUCUGAAGCUACUACAGGUUAACAUACUUACCAAUUCACAAAUGUUUCUAGUCUUGACUGUCUUCUAUUCCAUGUUUCUCCUGAGCUAUAGCCUGGGCAUCUUCAAUUGCCUAAAUCAGAGAAGAAUUAUAUAGCAACGACUACAAAUUCUCUACAACAUUAAUGUAAAAAUAGAUGUGGAACUUUGAAUUCAGAAGGGAAAUUUUGCCUUAAUAUUUAUUGUAUUAGGGAUAUUAUUGAUGGACAUGGCUGCCAAACUUACCUUUUUGAUAAACAUUGCUGGUCGUUCCUGAAAAAUGAUACCCUAUUCUAGACCCAAACGCUCUGAUUUAUAUACCCUAUCCUAGAGUCGGGCCUAGAGUACCCUGGGUUCCAGAGGCUUUUCAUGUGCGGUUUCCGGUUUCGGUCAAGUCGUAAAAAGUGACCGGCACGAAAAGCUUGUAUCAUUCUUUAGUACUAACCGCCGAGGUCAAAUAUUCAUCUCGCGAUGAUAGCGCUUAAAACAGCACGGAACGGCGAAAAAAACAUGACACAUGACUCAGUUAACAUUUCUUCAAACUUUUAUUGAAAAAUUUGCUUUAACUGCUGCAUUUUGGAACAAAUUAUAGCCACCGCAUUGUUCAUAUGUAUUUGUUCUAUAAAGAACAAAAGAUUGUUGCUCAGAUUUCAAUCAACAACGGCCCCCACUAACAGAGGGUGGUUUGCCUGUGGUGUGUCCAGGCUGCCUUGGAACUUGACCUCUUGAGAGACACCGCGUGAUAUUGUGUAACAGUUCGCGUGACGUAUUUAAUAUGUUCCGGAUGUGGGGGUAUCCAUUUGUGGACUCGUGCUACGGUAUAAACGUUACUAUAAAGGCGAGAUCUAUUUUGACUUCUUACCACGGUUUGACUAAACAAAUAUGUCUACCGAAACAAACUGGCAAACAGCAAGACCCACUAUCAGAGAAAGAGCCAAGUUUAUGCUCAACAAUGAUCGCUUGA